AUGUCCUCCCGCAUCUCAAUCGCCCGCCCGCAGGGCUCAUAUAGCCCAGACCCUCACGGCUUUGGCAACUCGCGGCCCUCGUCUGGUUACAGGGCCGCCGACCCCGACGAUCCCAUCGAGAAACUCCGCACGUAUAGCAAGCUGGCCGAGGACAACAUCGAAAUAUACGCUCAACCGCUCAAGCCCCAUCUCCCCGCCAUUGGCCGCUUCAUGAUUGUCGUCACCUUCCUCGAGGACGCGCUCAGAAUUGUCACUCAGUGGGGCGACCAGCUUUGGUACUUGCAGAGACACAGACACUUCCCCUGGGGAAUUUCCCACUUGUUCCUGCUCAUCAACGUCAUCGUCAUGCUCGUGGGUUCGGGUGCAGUCAUCACGAAACGACACACGGAGUACGCCGUAGCGGGGCUCCUCGGUGUCGUCAUCGUUCAAGGUUUCGGAUACGGGCUUAUUUUCGAUCUCAACUUCUUCCUCCGCAACCUCAGCGUCAUCGGCGGGCUCUUCAUGGUCUUCAGUGACUCAAUGAUCACCCGCAAGAAACUCUUCGCCGGCCUCCCGAGCCUCUCUGAGAACGACCGCAGGAAAUACUUCCUCCUUGCCGGCCGCAUUCUCCUUAUCUUCCUCUUCCUCGGUUUCAUCAUCCAAGGAAAAUGGAGCAUCGGACGCGCACUGGUGUCUCUCAUCGGGCUCGUCGCUUGUGUCAUGGUCGCCGUGGGCUUCAAAGCCAAGUGGUCGGCAUCCUUCCUUGUCAUCCUCCUCUCCAUCUUCAAUGUUGCCGUCAACAACUGGUGGUCUGUGAACUCUGCGCACCCGGCGCGAGACUUCCUCAAGUACGACUUCUUCCAGACCCUCUCAAUCGUUGGCGGUCUCAUCCUCCUCGUAAACAUGGGUCCUGGCGGCCUCUCGGUAGACGAGAAGAAGAAGAACUACUAA